CACCAAGGUGACAAUUAGAUAAAUCGCAUUUUAAAUGUAGCCAUCCCGUGAGGGAGACGCAAUUUCAGGAAAGUUGCAUUUUGGAUUUCUCUAUAGAAAAAUUAUUUCACCGUCAAAAUGAAGGCGAGAGGGAUCCCUAUCUUAGUUUUUUUGCUAGUCGCUGCACAUGCUGACCAUGAGUGCGGUCGAAGUCGUGGGACGUGUCUUUGGGACUCCUAUCCCUGUGACGGCGAGUACGUGGACGGUCUGUGUCUAGGACCAGCUAAUAGACGGUGCUGUGUUCACAAAUAUAAGCCUAAAGACAAAAAGUUGGACCCCGACUGCGACCUCCGCCACGGCGUGUGUCAGGACGAGAUGAUAGAGUGUAAUGGAGACUAUGUAGCCGGGCUGUGUAACGGUCCCCCCUCCAGGAAGUGCUGUGUAGACCCCCCGGAAGACCCCUUCAACCCCAGGACUCCACCCCCAGAUAUCCAGGGAUUCGGCCUGAAACUGGUGGAUGCUCAGGCCUUGGACACUCGCUGGAAAGAUUACUGUGGAAUGCCGGGUAAUCACGUGGUCAAGGGAAGCGUUGCGUCACAGAACAGUUGGCCGUGGUUGGCUGUGGUGAGGCCUGACAAGGGGGACGGCUUCUGCGGCGCUGUGCUGAUUGCACCGAACUGGGCGCUUACUGCCGCGCACUGCAUUCAAAAGCUGAAACCACAAGCACAAAAGUGGUUCAUACGGCUUGGUGAUCAUGAUCUUUUUAAAGACGAGACGACUGAACGAGAGUACGAAAUUGCCCUCUCCGAUGUCUUUGAGCACCCACAUUACGGCAUGGCUGAGACCUUCAACAACGACCUGGCCCUCAUUAAACUGGCCACGCGGUCAGUAGAGCUGGACGUCGCCCACAUCAACGCCGUCUGUAUGCCCACUGUGGACAUGUCCUUCCAGUACCAGGCGUGCUACGCCGUCGGCUGGGGAGCCAAGAAAGGAACUGAAGCCAGUGGCAAACUGAGGCAGGUGAAGGCGGGAGAACUGAGGUACCUGGACUGUGCGCGUCAGGUGUGGGGCAUGAGCCGUGGAAUGCUGUGUACCAACAGGCGAGCCCAGAUUGCCUGUACCGUCGAUUCUGGAGGUCCUCUAGUCUGCGAAAACGAGGGGCGGUAUUACCUGGCGGGUAUAGGUGCCUUUGACGACGACAGUUGUCUCACAGCAACCACCGAAGACGUGAAAAAUCCAGCAAUUUUCACGCGCGUUCCGUUCUACCUAGAUUGGAUCUACUCUGUCACGCGUAAAUACGAACAUGAUCAUUACCCUAGGAAAUAA